AUGGCUGCACGGAAGUUCAAGGCUGACGUCCUAGCGGCAGCCGCCAAUGCCGCGGCGGGGCGCAUUAACAAUGUGUCUUCAGUGAGGAGGGGCGAUGAUGACGAGGUCAUAGUUACCUACUUUAACGAGCAGCUCCCCAAGAGCCUUCAAGUUCGUCUUCUGGCCGCCAACGUCGACGGAUAUCCUGGUCCAUGCAACUUUCUUCUCUUCACCGAUGAUGAGGAGGCACCGAGACAGGUAGCCAAAGUUCUCGAGCAAGUGCAAACCCACUUUGCUACCGGCGGUAGCUUCACCAUUACCCGCGCUAUCACUUACUUGUCCAAGAAUCUGGACAAGUGCUUGGGAGAGUCCCUCAGUCUUGACAGCCCCAAUUCAUCCGAUGCAGAAAUGACCGACGCUGAUGAGGUGAAUGACAAUAGCGAGGAGGAGGAGGACGACGACUGUGCUUACGAUAGCUUCGGCGCGAAUGCAACCGACGAUGAGGCUGAUGAUGAUGGGUUCUUUGCUCAGAUGGGCGGCAGUGCUACCGCCGUACCCACCAUGAACCCUCAGCUUUCACAUUCCCAGCUCAAGGAACAGGAGCGAAUCAGAGCAAGUCUCCGCAAGGCCAAGCGAUCGGGCUGCAAGAUUGGAGUCCUAGCUGGGCUGCUUCCUGGCCACAAUUUCCAUAUUUUCUCAAUGUCCGUCAGGAUCUGUAAGCUUGGCUUGUCUGAGGAGAACCUGCUGGCCUGGGGCCUCUCCGACUCAGACUACUUGGUUCUGCUGGUUUCCAUAACCGGUACGAGUUUCCCAACCAUGGAAAGCAUCAUGGAGCGACCGGCUGCGCAUAGCGGUAUGAAGUUCCGCAUCCGCAAAUGCGCCAACUUUAAACCGACAACUAGCCAGGCUGUCAAAGCAUUCAAUGAGGCCAUAAUACGAGAUGAUGAGCUUGAAGGUACUGCGCCGGACUCAUCGGCGGAUCCCCCGCUGGAGCGCAUAUUUCUAUCAAGGUCUUUUGAUGAAUUCAUGAGCGAGAGCUUUGUAUCACUUGUCAAGCUACGAGAGAACCUUGGUUACUCAUGGGACGAAGCGAAUGAGAGCCUGAUCAAUGGCAUCAGCAACACAGCUGACCUUAAUAGGCAGUUUCCAUCCGAUCAAGCAACCAAAAUGAAUGACCAUCUAGCCUCAGGGGUGCGCACGAAGAGAAGUGUUCCGUUGAUUUGUUGGGAAUUCGCAAUGAAGUACUUCAAGGACUGUACGAAAUACUGCAUUCGCUGCCAUCGACUUGUCAGAAACGACGUGGGCUCUCUCAAGCCAUUCGUUUGCUCCAACCAACUCUGCUUAUUCCAGUAUAUGCAGAUGGGACUGGGACCCAGUGUUGAGCACGAGAUUCUUAGCCAGCCCAAGGUGGUCGAUCUUUUGUGCAGCUUCUGCUACAGCAGCACCCUGGCCGUUUACUUGGGCGACAAAAACAAAUACUCCAUCAGAGAGUUCCCCGUUGGUCUCUCACUCAAAGUCCCAGGCUUCUUCGGCCGAAGACAGUCAUCUGCAUCAUUACCCAGCUGCAUUCCAGUUCGGGUCACAGAUCUUGACCAGGGUCUAUUGCUAGACACCUAUGACCACGACGACUGGCUUGCAUCUCUGAAGCCAGGGGUUUGUUGUGCGCUUGUGAAUCAGGUCACACUUCUCAACAAUGGGUUCACUCUCAAGAAGGACACAUUCUCAUCAAAGCUGGAAACGCGCUACAUUCGACCGACGUGGGUCCAAAAAGGCCCGAACGAUCCUUGGGCAUCCCCAUUUACAGGUGAAAUGAAUGCACAUAUGGAAUCGAUCACCUAUGGCAAUGUCGUCAGCAUCGACCGAAAUGCGGGUACUGUGGUCAUCUCAGUUGCAGGACGUCGAUGUCGAGCAGUCGAUAUUGGUGCCGUACAAGAGACUGACCCGCGGCAAGACCCUGCUCAGCUGUUCCUUGCCACUUUUGAUACGAGUUUCGACACUUUGCUCGACGACGGAAAAGCCAUGGCAAUCCGAUUCAUCUUGGACAUGCUACCGCCAAUCGCGCAGAUCAGGACUUUCCUCAAGAAGAACCCGAACUCGUCAGUAACGGGUAUGAGCCAGGUGUUGCCCCCUGCGGCGACGCUUUUGGAAUGGAUUGUUGCGACAAAUAGAUCGCUCAUCAUGUGCCUCGAGGAGGAGGACGACAUUGACCCGACUAUGGAUGUGACACCUUCACAGUCCUUAGCCUUGCUAAAAAUACCAGAGAUGUCAGGCUACGUCCAGUUCCGCUUUGCUCAGGGCUCGCCUGACAAGGAAGAACGCUUCAGGACAGAACUGAAUCGAAUGGGAGCUGCGGGCUCCAAGCAUCCGACCAUCUUUGGGUGGCAUGGAAGCAACCAAUCUAACUGGCACAGCAUCAUCAGGACGGGACUUGAUUUCAACGACGUCGCCAAUGGACGGGCCUAUGGCAAUGGAGUUUACUUUUCGCAAGAGUUGAACACCAGCAUGGGAUACGCGCACCUAGGAACAAGCUUUAUGUGGCCAUCUUCUGCUUUACAGUCCAAUAGGAUCAUCGUUCUGAGCGAGCUGAUCAACAUACCUGAUGAGUUCGUCAGCCGUAGCCCUCAUUUGGUCGUACAGAAUAUUGAUUGGCAGCAAUGCCGCUAUCUGUUCGUCCAAAAGCCAUCAGCUCUAGCGCAGGUUCCUCCUGCCUUGGUCGCUCCCUCUGCCACAUGUCAUAUGACAUCUCCGAGCAUGUUUAUCGAGCAGGAUCCAAACAUGAUCCCCCGAGGAGCUGACCACAGACCGCUAAGGAUCCCCCGGGCAGCUAUACCAUCGUCUGGCAGCCAGAUGUUACCGACGGAUGAUGAUGGUUACGAGAGCGAAGAUGAUGAUCUUGAUGUCUUGACGGAAGUGGUCGAAAUAUCCAGUGACGAAGAGGAGGUACACACUGGUGCAGAGGACUACGAUACAGAAGUCGAGCUGCUUGAAGCCCGGACCAUCAAGCCCGAUCACCUCACCGACUUCCAACCUGGCACAUUGGAUCUCGCAAGUCUCCCCCGCCUUGCUCCUCCUCAAAGAUCUGGCGGUGCUGGCAGGCACCUGGCAAAGGAAAUCAGUGUGCUCAGGAAGAUCCAGGAAGCUACGCCUUCACACGAGUUGGGAUGGUACAUCGACUUUGAUGGUAUGUCGAAUAUGUUCCAGAUGAUCGUGGAGCUGCACAGCUUCGACAAGACAAAACCUCUAGGGAGAAGCAUGGCUACAAGAAGCGUCAACUCCAUCGUGAUGGAACUCCGUUUUGGCGAGAACUUCCCCAUCUCUCCUCCUUUCGUGCGCGUGAUCCGCCCUCGCUUCUUGCCUUUCCAUGCGGGCGGAGGGGGACAUGUCACGCUUGGCGGCGCUAUGUGCAUGGAGCUCCUCACAUCAAGCGGCUGGAGCCCGGCAUGCAGCAUAGAGCACGUUCUGAUCAUGGUACGGCUUGCGCUGGUCUCAGAAGACCCGCAGCCGGCUCAGAUAGAGCAUGCUGGCGGCGGUGAUUAUGACAUUGGCGGCGCUGUGGUGGCCUACCGCCGGGCAGCGAUGGUUCAUGGUUGGCAAAUACCGCCCGACCUGGACCAAACCGCCAUGGGAGCCGGCUCUGCAUCUGCAUAA